GCAUGCGCCACCAGCGCAGCCCCAAAUGGCACCGCAACCUCAGCUCGGCCAAAUGCGCCCGGGAACGGGCAGCAUGCAGCUUGGGCAUCGCCCUUCAGCGUUGGCCUCAGCACAUGACGAUGCCAGUCUCCGGCCCUUCCGGAGCUCGAGAGCAGGCUCUGCAACAGCGAGUCACUGACCUCGAGGAGCUCCUGAAGAGCAAAGACCAGGAGAUCAAGGAACUUCAGGGUGCGUUGUCAAAGGCCGGAAUAAAGCUUCCAUCGACAUCUCUGAAAAAGGCCAAAGCGCGAGAAAAGGUUGGGAGCGGUGGAUUCCGCAAAGUUUCUCAAUCUCAACCCUCGGUGCCUUAUGAAGCCUUGGACCAGGAGGAUCCAACUGACCUUCGCUUGGAGGAGUUCUACAAUGGGACAGGUUCAGCCAUUCCUUUUCAAAGGAUCAAUCGUGGUUUCUACCGAUUCGGAGAGACGAUUCUGGAGCUCAACAUCAUCAAUCACAAGCUAAUGGCAAAAACAGAAGAUGGCUGGAACCGAAGCAAAUUUGGGCCCAUUGAAAAGUUUCUGAUGUACUAUGAGAACAUUGAGAGGGAAAAGGCAGGAAUCCCUAUGGAAGCUUGAAGUGACAGGGCUGACGCUGACCAGAAGAAAGAAGGGCUCAG